CUUGGACGUGUUUGAAUGACUUGAGACUCGACUUUCACCUUCGAAGGACCGCUGCAAACAACUUCAGACUUGGAAUUGCCUCGAAAAGAAGUCGUGACCUGUCUGAGACGAGUCCUGGAACAUUCGGGAGGAUUUCAGAUUUGAUUUGCACUCAUCUUAGUGGACUUAAGACUUGACAUGAAAAUUGGACGUCUUAAACAACUUCAGACUUGACUUGGACGUGUUUCUAUGACUUGAACGUUGUCUACUUUAUUCAACUUCCUCCGACCCCCCCCCCCCCCCCCCAUGUCAUGGACACGAUGCUUUUGCCUGCUCCCCACCUGCAAGGCCUCAGACCAUCAUGUCUAACAGACUUCCAGGAACUUCGUUUAAAUGUUGACUGAUUAACAGCGUGUCUGCACACGCAUGAGACGCAAAGACAGGGGCCUGUUUAUGUUAAUGACCCCCGGGUCACCUGUCACACGUGACUCACUCGGUCUGACGUCUAAAGAAAGUGAUAGCAAACGGUCUUUAAUGGUCCACUGUACCACGCGUAAAGCAACUACGUCGUUCUGUGGACCUUUGCUCCGGCGUGUCCUGUUAAAAACCCAAAGGGCAGGCAUGUCAGUGGUCAGUCUGCAGAAGGAGGCUCAACACACACAGAGACACGGAGACACUGACACAGAGACACGGAGACACACAGACACGGAGACACGGAGACAGACACACAGACACAGAGACACUGACAGUGAAAUUACUUGAUUCUUAGAGAAGAAGAAAAACAACUUUGCAGCCAUGGCGACUUUUGACGACAUCUUGGAAGAAGUGGGGAACUUUGGCCGCUGUCAGAAGCGUAUCUUCGCCCUGCUGUGCAUGGUGUCCAUGCCCUGGGCAGGCGUGUACGUCGGCAUCGUCUUCCAGGGUUUCACCCCGGAUCACUGGUGCCGGGACCCCGCGGUGGUGGAGAAGAGGCAGGCGUGCGGCUGGAGCCUGGCGGACAGUCGCAGGCUGACGGUGCCUCUGGUCAACAGCUCAGGAGUGAUGCAGCAGAGCAGCUGUCAGCGCUACGAGGUGGACUGGAACACAACGGCACUCAGCUGCGAGACGAAGGAACUGGACCUCAGCAAAACUCCCACAACCGCCUGCACAGACGGCUGGGAGUACGACUACGAGGGCAGGCAGUCCUUCGUUACCGAGUUCGACCUGGUGUGUUCAGAUGGAUGGUGGGUGGAUCUGUACCAGGCCACUCUCAACGUGGGCUUCCUGGUUGGGAGCAUCACAAUUGGCUACCUGGCCGACAGGUUUGGCAGGAAAAUAAGCUUCCUGGUGUCCAGCUUGCUGAAUGGGAUCGCAGGAAUAAUGGUGGCCGUGGCUCCAAACUACGUGACGUUACUCGUCUUCCGAACGCUCUACGGGUUCGGAGUGAAAGGAGGCUGGGUGGCCGGAUACGUGCUGAUCACGGAGAUCGUGGGGGUGGAGUACAGACGCACAGUGGGAGUCCUGUACCAGAUGUUCUUCAGCAUCGGCCUCCUCAUCCUCCCUCUGCUCGCCUACUUCAUCACCGACUGGCGCUGGCUGCAGGUCGUCAUCACCGUCCCCUACUUCAUCUUCCUGUCCUACUACUGGUUUAUCCCAGAAUCUCCAAGAUGGCUUCUGUCUCAGAAUAAAAAGGCCCAAGCUGUGCAGAUCACUGAGGCCAUGGCCAAAGAGAACAAGAUGACGCUGUCCAAGAACAUCGAGACUCUGACAGAUGAGAACGCAGACACCUGCACUGCCUCCUUCAUGGACCUGAUCAAAACUCCAAAAAUGAGAAAACACACUUUCAUCCUCAGCUUCAACUGGUUCACCAGCGCUGUGGUCUACCAGGGUUUGAUCAUGAGGCUGGGCAUUCUGGGAGGAAACGUCUACAUCGACUUCCUCAUCUCUGGCCUGGUGGAGUUCCCCGCCGCCUUCCUCAUCCUCUUCACCAUCGAACGCAUCGGCAGACGCAUUCCCUUCGCCUCCGCCAACAUCGUAGCUGGAGCCGCCUGCUUCAUCACCGCCUUCAUCCCUGACAGUCUGUUCUGGUUUAAGACGGUGGUGGCCUGCAUCGGGCGGCUGGGGAUCACCAUGGCCUUUGAGAUGGUGGUGUUUGUUAACACUGAGCUCUACCCGACGUUUGUCAGGAACCUGGGAGUGUCCGUUUGUUCCACGCUGUGUGACGUUGGAGGCAUCGUCGCUCCCUUCCUGCUCUACAGACUGGCUGUCAUCUGGCUGGAGCUGCCACUCAUCAUCUUCGGCUCUCUGGCUUUCGUGGCCGGUGGUUUGGUGCUGAUGCUUCCUGAGACCAGAGGUGUGCCGCUGCCCGAAACCAUCGACGACAUCGAGUUCCCCGAAAGAGUGAAGGAGAAAGCUGCUCUGAAGAACCAGCAGUUGACCAACCUGCUGCCAAACAACGAUGUAUCGUUCAACAAAGAAACGGCGACUGUUUAAUGUCCUUCUGUGACCAAAACGUAUUUAUUAAUGUUGUAUAACAUGUUGUUAUAUAGGUGUUAUAUAUUAGAUUCCUGCUUUGAUUUUCUUUCUGGCUUGGACUGAGCUUUCUUAAAAAGAUUUUAAAUGUUUGUCUGUAAACAUUAUCACCCACGAAGAACUUAGUUUUUACAUUAAAGUAUAAAGUUUCUUUGUUCGGCAUUGAGAUGUGUGUAAAGAGAGUAAGUGUGUGAACUCAGUUAUUUUAUAAUUAUUAUAUAAAUACAUCAUUAAAUUUGUUUUAUUUUGACAUAACUUCCAAUUGUUUUAAAAAAAUAACAUUUAUUAAACAUUUCCCUUGACUUAAA